AUGGCGCCGGCGGACGACGACGACGACGACGACGACGACGACGACGACGACGACGACGACGAGGAGGACGACGAGGACGAGGACGACGAGGACGAGGACGAGGAGCGCCCGCCGGAGGUGCCGGACUUCGCGGAGCUCGAGCCCAUGGGCAUCGAGGAGCGGCGCGAGCGGCUCGCGGCGGCGGUCGCCGUCUGCUCCGAGCACGCGUUGGCCCUCGAGGCGGCGAACGCGGCGGAGCGCGCGGCGCUCUACGAGAUCGCGCGCGAGGGCGCGCGGGCCCGCGCCGAGUCGCUGAGCCGCGAGCGGCGCCGGUCCGCGGAGGCGUCGCAGCGCGCGGCGGCGGGUCGGGAGGCGCCGUCGCGCAACGCGUCGACGGCGUGGCUGCGGCUCGGCGCCGUCGCCAUGGGCUCCUUCCUCGAGGUGCGCGACGGGCCGAGCCGCUGGUUCUGCCGCGUGCUCGGCGUCGCGCCGCCCGAGGCGGACCCCGCGCGGCCGGGCCGCGGCGGCGCGCGCGGGCCCGGCGGCGCGCGCGGCGCGCCGCCGCGGCGCGCGGGCGGCGGCGGCUUCGUCGGCGCGCUCUACGUCGAGCCGCUCCUCGACCCGAACCGCCUCCCCGUGGGCGCCGAGUGCGCCGGCGGCGGCGGCUUCGAGCGCCUCUUCCCGCGGCACCACGCGUGGCCGCGCGCGCCGUGGCUCGCGCGCCACGCGCGCGCGGCGGCGGGCGCGGCGCCGGAGCCCCUCGAGGACCGCGAGUCCGAGGACGCCGACGACGACUCCGACGACCGGGAACCCGCGCGGCCGCCGUCCGACGACGGCGACGAGCGGCUCUUCCCCUUCGCGCGGCUCCUGUCGCUGGAGAAGGUCGCGUCCGCGCGGCUCAUCGACGGCGACGGCGACGAGGCGCGGAAGAUUCUAAGGGACGCGCGGGACCGGACCGUCGUCGUCCACUACUUCCUCGACGGCGCCGACGGCGAGGCCUGCCCCGUGCGCGUCGAGCCGUCGGACGUGCCCCUGAGCCAGUACCACAUCGACUACGAGCGCGAGGCCGCGCCGCCGCCGCGGCUCCGGGGGGGCCACGGCGGUUUAGCGUCGUCGGCGCCGGCGCUGCGGCUGCGCGUGCGCCACGCGCAGUCGGGCUGCCGCGUGCGCUGCCGGAGCCGCCGCGCGCGCGCGCAGUCGCUGAGCCUGGAUCCCGUGGAACUCUACACGGCGCCGCUCGCGUCGGGCCGCGGCCUCAACGUGCUCCACCUCCACGUGAACUCGCUGGGCGACGACGCGUCGCUCGCCGUCGUCGACGUGCGGUCGCGGCCCGAGUUCGCGGCCGCGCUCGAGGCCGGCGACGCGGGCGAGGCCGAGGCGGCCAAGGCCGCCGUCGACGCGCUGAAGCGCGAGCCGUUCGCCUGCGACGCGUCGGGCCGCCAGCUCGACUACAAGAUCGUCGCCGACGGCGCCAAGGUCCUCGGCGUGCUCGUGGCGCCCGACGGCGCGGACGACGACGCCAUGGAGGCGCCCUUCACGGAGACGCGCGUGCCCGAGCCCGGGUCGCUCGUGGCGCUGCCCGACGGCGCGCUCGGCGUGCUGCGGAAGCCCAUGCCCAUGGGCCUGCUCAUCACGGCCGACGGCGAGGGCGUCACGGACGCGGACGUCGCCGAGGACGCCGUCGACGGCGAGGACGCGCUGGCCAAGGUGGGGUUCGCCCAGUCGGCGUCGACGUUCCGCGACCACCGGUGCCGCAACUGCGGCGCCAAGUGCCCGGAGGCGCUGCCGGGCUUGGUCCAGGUCGACGUCGUGUCCAUCCUCGCGCCCGACGCGUCGGCGCCGCCGCCGCCGGAGCCCACGCCCGAGGACGACAACGAUCUGCUCAUCGCGCUGACCGCGGACGUCGACGACGCGUCGCUGGCGGCCGUGCUCGAGAUGGGCUUCGACGAGCAGCGCGCGCGCUUCGCGCUCGCGGCGACGGGCGCGCGCGAGGCUCAGACGGCCGACGCGGCGGUGCAGUGGCUGCUGGCGCGCCAGGGCGAGGAGCUCACGCCGGACCUGCUCCGGAAGCGGCCGCGCGCGCGCGCGGACUCGGCGGGCUCCCUCGGCGACCGGCCCAUGGUGCCCAAGUUGCUGGAGACGCGGCGGACGACGACGUACCCGGCGUGCUGCGUCGCCUGCCCCGAGCCCGCCGUGGCCCGCGCGCACGCGGACCGCGUCGCCGAGCGCGCGCGCACGUCCGCGCGGUCCGCCGCCGACGACCUCACGAAGCUCGAAUCGCUGCUCAAGACGUCCAAGGGCGGGCCCGCGGCGAUGCAGGAGGCGCGCGAGCUCAAGGCGAACGUCGACGACGCCAAGCUCACGAUGGCGAUCCCGAAAUUGGUCUUGCUCCUCCUCGGUUCCGUGAUGGCCGAGGAAUGCGACAUGUCCUGCAAGGGGUGCUCGACGAACAUCGUCAAGGUCGAGGCCUUGCCCUGCGACGCGAGCGACGCUGCGCAGCAAGGCUGGGCGUUCGGGGCUGCCGACGCCGAGGGCCUGCGCACGAUCACGCGUGGCGGGCUCUGCCUUUCCUGGAAUCCGAACCACAAGGGCGUGGAGCUCCGCGAGUGCUACGCCGCCAACGGCGACAGCUGGACCAACGCGACGGUCCGCGACUGCCAGCACUUCGCCGUCGACGAAGCCGGCGGCGCGAUCACGGCGCCGCGCUGCGCGAACAACGAGGGCAAUUUCGGCGGCUGCCUCGACGUCCAUGGCAAGGUCGGCCCCGGCGUCCAACUGACGCGCUGCUACGGCGCGCCCAACGACGACUUCACGCUCGCCGCCGGCGCGGUCGCGUCCCGGGAGGUCCUCCCGACCUACCCGGGCCGCUGCUUCGCGGCGCGGGCGUCCGCCUGCACCUUCGCGGAGUGCUGCGACGCCUGCGCCGCGGGGUUCGCGUUCGACGAGUACGGCUUCUGCCGCGAGCCGGCCCUCCGCCCCAAAAAGGUGAACAUCUUUCUGGCGACGCCGACGAAUCUGACGAGCCUCGGCCUGAUCAUGGACCACCUCGAGGCGCAUCGCGCGUCGUUCACGGGAAUCAUCUACCAGGGGCUGGCCGUCUGCGGCAACGUCAGCGGCCACACGUACCACUACUGCGCCGCCGCGGACAACGUCGGCGCGCCGCACCUCGGCAUGGGCCACCCGACGGGCGUGCCCGCGGACCUGCCGGAGCUCUUCCGCGAUCGCCUCGGCGACGACCUCGAGCUCUACCCGAUCCUGUCCUACGGCGACACGACGGACGUCACGCUUCUGGACGCGCUCUUCGCCUCGGAGCCCCUCGCGGAGGCCUUCGCCGCGGACGCGCUCGCCUACGCGGCCGCCCACGGCCUCCAGGGCCUCAACUUCGACAUCGAGCCCACGGCGACGGGCACGUUCUGGGAGGACGCGCCCAAGUUCCUCGGCGUCGUCGAAGCGGCGUUCGCCGCCGCGGGCAAGCGCGUGACCUGGGACUCCAACGGCCCCGAGGGCCGCGCGUACCCGGUCGACGAGUGGAUCGCGAUGACGACCUACGGCUACGACACCGGCGACGGCUACCGGCUCGAGGCCGUGCGCGGCCUGGCCGCCGUCGGCCCCGACCGCUUCGGCUUCGGCAUGUGCCCCACCUGCACGUUGCACAACGCGUCCGACGUCGCGGGGCGCUUCGCGUACCUCGCGAAGCCCCCGGGCAGCCUCGCCCGCGAGAUCGACCUCUGGGCGACCUACGGCGGCGCCGGCGACGCCUAUUUCGACAACUGGGCCGACUACUGGGCGCCGCUCGCGGCCUGGCUCAAGGCUUAG